AGUAGGACUAGAACAGGGUGUGGGUUUUGUGGUCACCAUUAAAUGAAAUAAACACCACCAAAAACCCCUCUGCUACUGUUUACAAAUUAGGGUUUAUUUGGCUGCUCAAAUUGGGGUUCUUUCAUUAAGAGAAAGGCAAACGCCAACACUGCAAAUUCUGGUUCAAUUUUUGGGGCAAUUUUCCUCUUAAAGGGAGUUGAUAGAAGCAAAAUACCGAAGGGACAGACCCUAACACUAAAUCUCUGAGAUCGGUGUUGCUUUUUUAGGGUUUUAGGUUUUAAUUAUUAUUCUUAUCAGAUGGAUCUUCGCCCUCUAGGGUUGUAUGGAUCAGGCGGGUUUGAAAGUGGAUACGAGGUUUUUGUGGGCAGCGGAAAUGGACGCAAUAAACAUUCUUCUUCUCCGGCUCUGAGUCUGAGACCUCGCUGCAACGCAGAAAAAAGAAACAAUGGCGACAAAAAAGGACCCUCAAGAGACUGGGACAAAGCUUGGUCCAGCUUCAAGAAGCAAGGGAAGAAGACAUUCUUCUCUCAAUUCAACCCCGAAAAGUAUGUGAGCAGAAAUCCAAGUCGUUCAGAGUAUCCACUUUUGGAGGAGGUGGACCCCAUUAAGAGAAGUGAGAGAGCAAAUUUGAGGGCGUGGACCAGCACUACCUUCACUCUGGGAGGAGCCGUAGUCUUGGUUUCUGUGCUCCUCCUCUAUACCAUUCUGGCUCCACUCAACUAGUCACUCACUCUCUUUAAUUUCUAUUUACGACUAAGAACAAAUGUCGGAGAUUUAAAUGGAUGUGAAUAUUGAUGGAGCUACAAGAUGGAGAGGUGAAUCUCCUCAUUCUCUAUAUUAUAAAAAAAAAAGGAAAAAAAGACGAACCCUGUAAUAUCCUUGUUGUUCAAAGAGUCUCCAUAUUGUAAUCCCUUUAUUGUAAUUCCUUUGACAUGCGUUCUCCAUAUUGUAAUCCCUUUAUUGUAAUUCCUUUGACAUGCGUUCUCCAUAUUGUAGUCCCUUUGACAUACAUACAUAUUCAUUAAUGGUGGA